GCAACGAGAUAAACGAGAUGAGGGCCGACGGGCGUCUGUUUAGUUUUCUUUGAUUUCCUGUCUUCAUUAAACACUCGCAGAGGAGGAUGACUUAAUUCAGAUGUCCCGGGGAUGAGGUGAUGUCUGGACCGUGUGAGAUGAUGGUUUGGUGCUCUCCACCAAGGCUGAAGCUGAUGCUGCCGAUGGUGUUGCUGGUGGUUUUCACCAACACUGUCUCUCUGCAUGGAAAUACUGUCACAGCUGUGAACCACAAUCUUCAGUGUGUGAGCGACUAUGAAUCCCUCAUCAACUGCUCCCUGAACAUCGCGCCAUCUCCGAACAGCUCAGAGAGCAACAGCUCCUACUGGCUCACCGUCAUGGAAACAGAUGAAAAAGAAAGAUGUGUGUGUAUGCUGGUAAAGAACGGUGCAGAUUACUUCUGUUCAGUUCAAAUAUCCAAUCCCAUGACUGAUAGUGACUUUGAAUCAAACGAAUUCCUGGAACAAGAUAUCUUUGAAAUCUCACUCUGUCACGACCAAAAUGAUGGGGUCGAAAACUGUGAUCUGCUGACAGCAAAAUUCAUUCCUUUCAAAAACAUUAAACCAAACCCACCGUGCUGCCUUACAUUGAGUCACCAGUCCGGUCAGCACCUCUUCACCUGGGAGAGCACUUAUGAGAAAUACAGUCUGAUCACCACCAUGGCUGAAGAACUGAUGUUUCAGCUCCACUUCUACAAAAGAGGAGACGAAUUCAGUAUCAUAUCACACAGGAUUAUCAACACAGACAUAACAAAUUAUUCUGUGGCUGAUGAUAAGUUUCUGUCCGACACUGAAUACUGUGCCAGAGUGCGCUCCAGUCCUAACCAGGAGUAUUUUGAGGGCCAGUGGAGCAGCUGGUCUUCUGAGAUUUACUGGAGGACUAAACCAGAUGUAAAUGUAAACACAUUUAUGUCUGGGCUGGGUAAGAAGGUGUUUAUCACCUUAAGUGUGAUGGUGCUGCUUGCCUUACUUCUCUGCUAUGGUCAAGUUAAAAAGUGGAGACAAAGUUCCUUCAUCCCAACUCCAGCCCCUUAUUUUCACACCCUAUACAGUGACUGCCACGGAGAUUUCAAGAGCUGGGUGGUUACACAAGAAAACACGUCAGACAUGCUGGAAGUAAAGGAAACACUCCAAAUAGACACACUAACCAAGUGUGCAGUAGUCCAGGAGGAGAAGGUGGAGGAGGAGGAGGAAAGGAGUCAGCCUCCAUGUCAGCAACAUUUCAUUGAGGGCAGCACGUACAGCAACAUCAUCAACCCAGGGUGUGAUACCUCUCUGCUGGGUGUCCCUUAUGCUGUGAGCACCAUGUCUCCUCUGUCAGAUCCAGGGGGUUCGCGCAAGAGUCUGACCUUCAGCUCACCACCUGGUAGUCCUACAGAGGGAGACUCAGGGUGCUGGCUCAGCAGCCACACAUCCCUCGAGAGGGACCCUCACUGGUACUGCAACGAAUAUUGCACCCUGACCGCCUUCCAACUGAUCAGCCCAGUCACAGCAAUGAAAUCCUGCACCAACAGGGAGGAGCAGAGUGGGUGCCAGUACUGAGGGAUAAAGUGCUGUGUAUGCAUGUGGUAAUGAGUAGGGGUGUAUCAGUAUGAAUGAAUUGAAUAAAUCAGUGAUUCAUUCAUUAAUGUCAACUUUAAGAUAAGUCUACAGAGCCCUGCACACCUCCAAUGACUUUGUCUCAUUAUGUUAUAGCCUGUAAUUCAAAAAGACUUAUUUGGACUUUUAUAUGUUAUAACAGUAGUUAUAUUCAAAGACGCCCUACAGGAGCCAACCAUGGGCAAACAGUGACAAGAGAAGAAGCCUUCUUUUUAACAGGCAGAAACCUCGAGCAGAUCCAGACUCGUGGUGAAAAGCCAUCUGCCUCGACUGGAUAGGCUGAGAAAGUAGGAUAGAGGGAGAUGCAGUUAGAGAGGGAUGGAUGUAGCAAAACAAAAACAGAUUUUACAGAUGGUUACACUGCCAAUAAAAGUGGAAAUGAUAAUAAAGGUAUGAUUAAUAACUGUAACUGUUGAGGUUAGCAGGCUUAAUAUUGUAUUAGCAUUAACAACUAUACUAAUAUACUGUUACUGAUAUCAGUAGUUGUAAAGGAGCCCUGUGAUAGGUUGGCGUCCUGUCCAGGAUGUACCCUGCAUUCCGUCCGAAGCCAGCUGGGAUAGGCUCCAGCCCCCCGUGACCCCUAACGGGAUAAGCGGUCAAGAUAAUGGAUGGAUGGGUGAUAUCAUUAGUUGCAAAGGUUGAAAUAAUGAUCUACAGAGACCUAAUAAAAAAAAAACUCUCAGGGAAGAGGGAACAUCAACCUAUUCAUAUUUUGACUGCUUUGUGUUGGUCCAUAAGUUGGUGUCCAAAAUCUUUUUUUCUUUUUUGCAGGAGUAACAUGACAACAUAUGGAAAAGUUUAAAACGAGUGAAUAACUGUAAUCCAUAUUCAAUAUGACUAUGAUAUAAUCUCCUGUGUUGAAGGCCCCUGAAUUUAACAAAUCAAAUUGUAUUUGGCAGAUUGUCACCAAAGUAUCUAUCUAUCUGUAUCUUUAUAUAUUCAAAAUGAACAUGACUUCAGAAUUUAGCCUUUUACACAGUACAGGAAUGCUGUUAUAUGAGUAUGUACUACUGUAUUAUAAAUGAAUUCAUAUAAUGCAUGUUGUAGCCAAUUUCCAUUCCUUCACUUUUGUUUGUCAUGAGUACAUACUGCACUGUAAAUAAUACAAAAAAUAAGUUUUAUAGCUGCAUUUUUGGCUUCCUACUUUAGUAAUCUUUAUUGUAUAGAUUCUGAUUGACAAUUAUAUCCUGUUAGGUUGAGCAAAUAUAGCCAUCCACUAUGCUUUUUGGCUGUACCAUUUUGGUAUUAAAAAUAUAUAUAUAUA